AUGCCGAGAGUAAAUUUAACAAUUAAUGAAAAACUUAAAUUAAUUAGUGACUUCGAUAGUGGUAUUCCUCGUUUAGAUCUGUCAAAAAAGUAUAGAGUUGAUAGGACCACGGUAUGCCGGAUUAUUAGCAAGCGAGAGGAACUAGAAAUGGCAAUUUCGAUCAAAUCGCCGAAACUUAAAAGACUCAAUGUUUUUAAAGAUGAUUUUGAUGAAAAAAUUUUGGAGUUUAUUUCAAAAAGUUUGUCUCAAGGCAUACCUGUGAAUAAUUGUUUAAUUAGGCAAUAUGCAAGUAAUUUAGCGGACGAGACCAGAAAAGAUUUUAAAUGUUCAAAUGGAUGGUGGGAAAAAUUUCAAAAACGUUAUGAUAUAAAAUAUGGAAAAUUGAGCGGUGAAUCAAAUGCUGUGGACAUGGAAAUUGUGAAAAAUUAUCGAAUUGAUGUUAUUCCGAAAUUGAUCGCAACCGAUAAGCAACUAAUAUUCAACUGCGAUGAAACAUCAUUUUUUUAUAAAUGUUAUCCAAGUAAUUCCUAUUACAAAGGAAGCAUUAAGAAACAUGGUUUAAGGUUCCUUAAAGACAGAAUAACAAUAUUACUUAGUGUCAAUUUGCUUGGAAAUAAAUUGGAACCCUUUUUCAUCGGAAAAUCUGCAAAUCCUAGGUGUUUUAGUGAACAAAAUGGAAACAAUUUACUCUCAAAAAUUGAGUAUGCCUCGAACAGUAAUGCAUGGAUGACAAAAGAGUUAUUUCAUAGGUGGCUAACAAAAUGGCAUAAAAAUUUGGAAGUUGAACGAAAACAAAUAAUUCUCGUCAUGGAUAAUUUUUCAGCUCAUAAAUUGGAUCAAGACGACUUCCCACUAAUCAAAUUUCAUUUUUUACCUCCGAAUACAACAUCUCAUUUGCAACCUUUGGAUGGAGGAAUCAUCAAUUGUUUAAAGAAGCGAUAUUUGACCCGAUUAUUCAAUUGGAUAUUGUCUAAAAUUACUUCAAAUGAAGACAUUACUACGUUUAUGAAGGAUCUCAAGUUAAACAAAGCAAUAAUUUGGUUGAUCGAAGCUUGGCAAUCAAUACCUGAAACAAUGAUUAGAAACUGUUGGACUCAUUGCGGUUACAUGAAUUUUGAUUCCCAAAUGGAUUUAGUCAAUGAGGAUGAUAAUUUCGAGGAAACUUGUGCAAGAAUGAACAAUUUAAGUCCAUUGAUUGUACCCUCGUCUGAGCAAUUGAACGACAUGAUUGAUGCUUUCAAUGAAACUACGAUAAUUUCAGGUGAACACCAAUAG